AUGGAGCCUGAUACGAAAGAUGCUCUCGUCGGAGGUGGUGGCUUCUCUGCAAGUUCUGCUUCGUCGCCUCCGCAUGUACCUUACACCGGUACUCCGAAGAUUCUUUUGCUUGGAGACUCCCUGACGCAGCAGGGCUCGGCCAAUCCUAGUCUGGAGGAUGGGAAAGGCUUCGGCUGGGCUGCCUUGUUGCAGAACUUAUACAUUCGUCGUGCGGAUGUCUUAAACCGCGGACUCUCCGGAUGGACCUCGAGGUGGGCGCGGAGAUACGUUUCACGAAUUCUCAACUGUGACCUGCGAGCAGACGAGCAGUUCCUUUUCGCGACUGUGUGGCUUGGAGCUAACGAUGCCUGGUUGAAGGAAGCAGAUAAAUCUGGAAGGUAAAAAUUAGCACUGGGUGGUUCUUGUCGGCAUCGUAUGCUAAGUAUAAGCUUAGAAAUAGAAUAGGUCGGUGUGGGGUCUCGGGGUAGGUUCUUUUUUUCAACGAACAACAGGCUCAUACACACAAUUUCUCUGUCUGUGACGAGCAGUAUAACGUUUUCGACUUACAGUUGCUCGCGUUGGCAACAGUACGCGAAUUUUGAUAAAAAUGAGCUUUUACAACUACCUAGGUACAGCGUCACCGCCGAUGAGUAUGAGGAGAACAUGACAGACAUCGUUUCCCAAGUCCUCGCGCGAACGCCAGUUUUGUUCAUCCUGGCACCCUCGCCCAUUGCUGAGAAUGCUCGUAAAGCAUUCGCGCAAGCGAUGUAUGUUAUGAUUAAAGAGAUAGAAGAAAACUUUGAUCAAGGAAAGUCAAUAUGAACAGAACAAAUACUUAUGUUGAUCUUGUGAUCCUCAAGGGCGAACGAGACGUGGCGCUGCUGCAUUACUUUUAUCUACCCUUAUUUGCUUACCUCCUAGUCCUUGUUUAUCGUCUUCUAUUAAUCUUUUCCUUCACCUUAGUGUUUAGGCCUUCUUUUAUUCUCUCCUUUUAUUUCGUUUUCUAAUAAUGGCGAACAAGUGUGCGAUCGAAUAAACGCACAUACAAGUUUGUAUCGGGAUGCCGUAAAGCGCGUCGCGGAAAAAGCCCAAAAGCAGCCAGGAAAAAAGGUCGUCUUUAUGGACCUUUUUGAGCUGUUUUACGAGCAAAGGGAGCAGCUGCUUCCCGACGGGCUGCACUUUGGAAAUGAGGCACACAGGAUGUUGUAUGAUGCACUCGAGAAGAUGCUGCACGCGGAAGGGCUGGGUAUUGAGAUUACAGACAAACGUAAAGGGGCAGGGAGCAGUCUGGCAAUAUCAAAACUUUUGCCGAGUUUGCCAUGGCACGAUGACGCCGCUGCAUUACCUUGAUAAGAAGAAUAUCAAACCACUGAAUUUAUUUUUCCCCAAUGCGAGUUCUUGUACUACGGUGCUCCCAUGAAUUUCCGAUACGCUAUCUCCUCUAUGCUGUCCGGAAUACGAAGAA